AAUAAUAAACUGAUAAAUAAAGACGGUAGGGAAUAUCAUACAUCAUAUAUUAUAUAUUAUAUAUCAUACAUCACACAUCAUAGUAGUAGUAUAUCUCUAUAUAAUUAGAGAUUUAACCACGCACAUCUGGCUUCUUAGGUAGCUAGCUUCAUCAUCCUCAAAUCUGCAAUAAUCGUCGUCACUGUCAUGGGUGGUAGCAGCAUGAAGGUGCACCCCUUUGGACGUGGAUUUUGGGAUAAUCAUCAAACAACAGCUCAUGACUCUCAAGCACUUACACUCGGUUGCAAGCGCUUUCGUCCGCUUGCUCCCAAGGUUGGUUCUAACAAUAAUGUGGUUAAUAAUACUACUACUUCUACAGGGCAUCAUAAUAAUAAUGCUACGUUUGAUCUCAAGAGCUUCAUUAGACCUCACUGUGGUCCUCCGAAGAUGGUUUCUCCUCCUGAUCACAAGAAAGAUUCAGCCUCUCAUCAGGCGGAAACCUUAAGCCAUCCAGGAGGAACGAGAUGGAACCCGACGCAAGAACAGAUAGGGAUCUUAGAGAUGUUGUACAGAGGAGGAAUGCGGACUCCAAAUGCACAACAGAUAGAACAAAUAACGGAACAACUAAGCAAGUAUGGCAAGAUUGAAGGGAAGAAUGUUUUCUACUGGUUUCAAAAUCAUAAAGCUCGUGAAAGACAAAAGCAAAAGCGCACUAUCCUUGGCCUUAGUCAUAAUCCCAGGACUCCCACGGCUGCUACUGCUACUGCUACCGCUACUACUCAACUCAACGCCUCCACAACCUUAACUCUAGACACAAGGGUUGAAUUCAUUGAUCAGGAGGAACAGAUAAGUCCAUACAAGAGGAAAUUUAGAAACUGGACAUUUAAAAGUUCAGAAGAGAAGCAGAAGAAGGAUUACACUAAUGAGGAAGACAAAACCUUGGAACUUUUUCCAUUACACCCAGAAGGCAGAUGAAAUGAUGGGGUUGGAGAUUAUGUAACUUACAUAUAUCCAUUUAAUAUUAUAAUAUAAUCCUCUCAUCGAUUAGUAGUACUAGCUAGAUUUUAUGAAUUAUGAAUUAUGAAUUAUCAUGGAGACGAGCUUUCCUUUCUUCUUUUCCCAUUUUCUCAUAGGAAAAGAAGAAAGACAAGAUGUCUUUGUUUGUAAUAAUACUUAGUUUUGCUUCUUAAUUCCAGAUUUUUCUGACUUUUAAGGCUCAAAGUGCCUUGCAACUGUCUUUUCUCUUUUUCUUA